AUGUCCUCUGAGCUCAAGUCAGGUCCUCUCCCGGCGGACGUCGAGGAGGUCAUCGCAACCAUCAUGCGGGAGGAGGGUGUGAGCUUUCUCACAAGCAAGACGUUGCGUCUGCGCCUGGAGGCGAAGUACCGCAUUGAGUUUACCUCGCACAAGGCCGCCGUAGAGGGCAUCGUGACGAAGCUCAUGCAGCUUCCCGAGUUCAAGAAGCAGCUGGAGAACGCGGUGAAGGAGGAGAAGGCGGCGAACAGCAUCGGCGGGAAAGGGAAGAAGCGCGGCGCCAGCGCCAAGGCCGACGAGAGGGAGGUGAAGAAGAGCAAAAAGGAGAAGAAGCCGGACGACUACCCAAAGGCCGCGCUCUCGCCGUACAUUCUCUUCGGGAAUGACCAGCGCGACAAGAUAAAGGCGGAGAACCCGGAGAUGAAGAACACGGAGGUGCUGCAAAAGUUGGGCAAACUCUGGGCGGAGGCCUCGGAGGCCGUCAAGGCGAAGUACAAGAAGCUCGCGGAGGAAGACAAGGAGCGCUUCAACCGGGAACUCGGCGAGUACAAGAAGAGUGGCGGGGAGGAGUACAAGCGCAGUGGCGGAAAGGCAAAGGCCAAGGAUGCAGAUGCGCCAAAGCGGUCCCUCUCUGCCUACUUCUUUUUCACGAGCGACUUCCGAAAGAAGCAUCCGGAGCUGAGCGUCACGGAGACCUCCAAGGCGGCCGGCGCCGCGUGGAAGGCGCUCUCAGAGGAGAUGAAGAAGCCGUACGAGGCCUUGGCACAGAAGGACAAGGAACGCUACCAGCGAGAGAUGGCGGCAAGGGCCAAGUAG